AACACCCAAACUGAUCUUUCUUUUCUCGUCUCGUUCCCAUGGUUACAGGCAGUGCAGCAUCCAGAGCGGCUGAAUUGCUCUACGCAAACUUGACAGAAAACUAUAGUAUCUUCAUUAGACCAGUCAAGAAUGAAUCAGACCCUGUCAUGGUCGAGUUUGGUCUUUCUAUUUCACAACUCAUAAACAUAGAUGAAAAGGCUCAAGUUAUGACAACAAGCGUCUGGGUCAAGCAUGCAUGGCAGGACCAUCAUUUAAUGUGGAAUCCAGAUGAUUAUGAGGGUAUUACUGAGCUCCAUAUCCCAGCUGAAAAUAUAUGGAGACCUGAUAUCUUACUAUACAACAAUGCCAAUGGAAAUUUCGAUGUGCAGUUUCUUGUAAACGCCAUAGUUAAGUACACGGGGAGGGUUACCUGGUUACCCCCUGCUAUAUACAAGAGCUCUUGUACAAUAGACAUCGAGUAUUUUCCUUUCGAUGAGCAAUCAUGUAAGAUGAAGUUUGGUCCAUGGACCCACGAUACACUCAAGAUUAACAUGACAUCGUCGAACAAUGUCGUCGAUCAGGAGGAUUACUGGCCGAAUGGUGAAUGGGAGAUCGUUGAAUCGCCGGCGUUACGUAACGAGAUCACUUACCCUUGUUGCGAGGAUAUAUACGUGGAUGUAACGUUUUAUUUCAAGCUGCAUAGGAAACCGUUGUUUUACGUGGUCACACUUGUAGUGCCUUGUCUUCUUAUAUCCUUCCUUACAAUCCUGGUCUUCUUCCUACCCUCAGACGCCCAGGAGAAAAUAACCCUCUCCAUUUCCAUCCUCCUCGCCCUCAUCGUGUUCCUCCUCCUCAUCCCCGACAUCAUCCCACCGACAUCGACAACGCUGCCCUUGAUCGGUCGCUACAUGCUAUUCACCAUGGUGUUGGUAACGCUCUCGAUCACGAUCACCGUGGUCAUAAUCAAUUUUCAUUUCAGGAACGCUCGUACGCACGAGAUGUCGUCGUCGAUGCAUUACAUCUUUCUCAUACUCAUGCCCAAGAUACUGUGCAUGCCGCGGCCGACGAAACCCUUCGAACACGAGAAGCACAAAUCGGCUAAGAAGAUGAAGAAGAAAUUUGCAUCAGCCGGUCUGUGCGGGAGGAUUUUUGGCGCGUCUCCCGAUAAACGAUUCUUAAAGUCGGGAGCACAGUAUGUGAUUGAUACAAUUACACCGUCAUUACUAGAAGAGAUAGAAAGUAGAAAUAGAGACAUAAACUCGUCGGGUGCGUCAUUGCCUAAGGAAUGCCUGGAAAUGCUGGACUCUCUCGAGGUCAUCGCGAUGCAUAUGAAAAGAGAGGAUGACGAAGAUCAGAUAAGCGAAGACUGGCGGUUCAUAGCCUUGGUAAUGGAUCGGAUGUUUCUCUUCAUCUUUGCCCUGAUGUGUCUGAGUGGGACCCUUGGUAUCAUCCUGCGUGCACCAAUACUCUGGGAGAGUGCCGAUCAUCACAAUACCACCAAUUACACCAAGCCUAUCGUCCUAGAGACCCAGUCAUUCUACGAUUUCAACCCAACUACUCCUGUCUAUUAAUCGUGGCAAUCUGGAGACUUACUCCUGCAUGCGGCGCCAUAUACCCUCACUCGACUGUUAUGGGAAGUGUGAGGACUGUGAUCUUCCACACAUCACCGGGGUGUUUGGACGUCAAGACUCGGUCUCCUCGGACACAACAAAGAAAGAUACUUGUGGGGUUUUUUUAUCUGCCAUUAAAGGGUUUUCGUUAUAGAACGGAGGCUUUGCGGACGGUAGCUCAGAAAACAUUGCGGAUCCACGCGAAGGUCCUGCGUACGAGGGAACACCCCAUCUUUAGGUUUUUCAGGACAUUAUUCAGGCAAUAUUACGUCAUUCUGGGGACAAGUCGGAACAGUGCUCUACGCAAAACCAAAACAACGCACCGUGUGUUCACUGAUAAAGUGUCACUGGCCGCGAUGGCAAUCGGUCGUGCUCGCUUUAACGGGAGGGAGGGGGGGGGAGAACCAGUUGCAGUCGUCCCACCCUCUCCAGAAAUUUUUGAAAACUUACCUUUUUUUUAAAAUCACUAAAAGUGAAAAGCAAAAACAACCCCAUGACAAGCUCGGGCUCUUCGCACCCUCGCUUUCUUCGAAAGUUUCUUCAACAAUUCUAAUGCGUCUUUUCUGCUUCCGGCCAUGGUUUGAUUUUCAAUGUUUUUUCUUCUAGUUACUGUCUCCAAAGCUUCCGUCUCCAAUCGAAAACACCCUGAUUUAACUAGAGCCUAUCGACGACACUGUUGAAAAUAAUAUACGAAACUCAUACAUAAGACUUAAUCCCUGAACAAUGGCGAAAUGAUUUCCCAACUGCAACACCUUCUCUUUGGAAUUGCGAACAUUGUUAUGGCAAUUAUGAUUAUUAUUACUAUUUUCAUAUUUUGUUCUUUAGACUGACUAAACGACCUGACUCGGAAUCAUACUCCCGACUGCCGCAGUCAAUCCAUGAUUCGACCAUCACGUACAACUCAUUUUAGAAGCAGUCAACUUGUCUUCAAAGAUUCACAUUACUCUUGUGACUUCCUGAAUAUUUCUGCAAUUAUGCAGACUCUCCGUCCCACGACUACCAAUGCACUGAAACAUUAUCUUUACUAAAUAGUUAUGAAUAAUUUUUUUAUUUUCAUGUCAAUCGGUACCAGAAAGACGAGGAAAUUGACCGUUGAACAAUGACUUAAGAUGUAAUAGUCGUAGAAUCGGAGAGAGCUAUUGAAAAGAGGAGUCACUUUUCUUUACAGGAAAAUUCAGCUGAACAUACCGGACAAUAGUAAUUCUGUUCUUAACAGAUCAAAGGAGGUCUAUUCAUUUUGGCAAUGACAGGACUUUUUAAGGGAAAUAUCGUUUAAAAAAAAUAUAAUUAUGCAAUGAUCUGUUGGAUUUUCUUCGUUUGAAUCUUCCACAGUUAAUCACGUUUUCUGUAUGUGUGUGUGUGCGUGUGUGGGAGGUGUUGGGGGUGUGGGUUGGUGUGUGAAACAUCACUAAAGGUAUAACACAUUUACGAGAAAAGACAGCAACGAUAAUCUUGUCUUGAAUAUAAUAUGAAAUAUUAUGACUAUAGUCUUUCUAUCGUAACCAUUUUAUAGCUGCUCUCUGUUAUUUGUGUUACAGUCAUAGUAGAUUAGUGUGGGAGAAUCAUUUUAAUUAUGGUCCAUAAACUAAUCUAACUAUUUCUAUUUAAGUCUUUUUGUAUUCGAACAACUCCUCCCCCUAAAAACGCGUAUAAUUGUCAUUUUAGGUGAAUAAUACACACGAAGGCGAUAAUUGUUGGGUUGUUGAGUUGGGUUGGGUAUAUAUAGAUGAUUACCUUUAAGUUAUAAAUACAUGCAAGAUUUGGAGAAAGUUAAAUGUUUAGCUUAAUGAAUUACAUUCUCUCUCUUGCAGUGUGCAUCUGUAGGCCUGUUCGUUUCCUGAAUUCAUGUUAAGAGUGGCAAUAAAUUGGUUUACAAAAAGACAUGGUUGGCCAAUAUAGGCCUAAUAGCUAUAUACAAUUCAUAUUAUAAAACCAUUAUUUCAAAAAAUGUAUUGAAUGAGCCUGUACCACCGAUAAUUAUGUUAAAUAAAGAUGUAUUCAUUUUGAAAGCUAAGAAUGUAUAACAGCAAAUAUACACCUUUAAAAAAAAGAAACCCAUCAUAUACAUUAUUGGCUACUAUACGCAUGAUACUAUUGUGAUUUAAGUCUUUCUCUUUCAUUUUCCCCUGAAAAAUAGUUGAUUUUCUUAUUUUUCAUGUUUUGCAUUUUAUCUAAAGAAAUAUCUUUUCAUCAAGAUCUUUACAUCACAUCUCAUUAUUUAGAUCAUUAGAUCGAUAAUUUUACAUUAAUAUUUUCUUUGCAUUUUAAUAAGUGUUAAAUUACUUCAGACUGUGAUGUAUUAUGAUACAAACAAGAAAAAUAUUAUUUUAUUUAUUCAUCGCCAUUUUUAAUUUUGACCCUAAUUUAGCGAAAUGAAUUGAAGAUAUUUAUCUUAAUUUGACGUCAUUUUCCUUUAUAAGAAAUAUGUUGAACGAGUGAAUUUACGCAUAAAAUGAGAAUAUUAUUUUCAGGAUAUCACUGAGGUCACCCAAAAUAUGGGGGAAACUUACAUUCUCUCCAGUUCAUUCAAUUCCUAAAACAGACAAAGAGUGAAUAUUUUUACCCCUCAAGUGUAAAAUCAAUUAAAAAUUACUUUAUCACUUACUUUAUUUUUUUAUUCAAUUUAAUCAAAUCACUUUCCUUAUCUGCUGUUUCGAUUGAAAUCAGGUUUUAAUUAUUUUCUCUUUUUUUAAGGGGAUAACUAUUUUGACUAAACUAUUAAUUCUAGAUUCAGAAAUCACAUUCGUUUUUAGACUCCACUUAUGUUUUUAUCCAAGUAACAUUAUUUUUAUCAAAAUGAUUACAUCAUUGCUUGCUUGCAUUUGAAUACUUAUAUGACGAUAAUACUAUGCUAUAAACGUUUGUGUAAAUAAUAUAUUAUAUGAGAAUGACUGUGUUUAUAAACUUAUAAACCAAUAAGAAGUACUAUUUAUGAUAUUAAAACAAGUAUUUGAAGUUCUUUACUUACAAAAUAUAAAAACACU